ACGAGAAAGACAAAAAUCUCAAAAUUCCGUUCCGUCAAGGUUCCUCAUAUACCUUUCCUAGAGAGAGAGAUAAACAAACUCGUCAAAAGUACUCAGCACUUCUUCAAGCGAUCAAAGCUUCUCCUUUAUCGUUGAUUUUUUCGGCUGAAAUUUCUGGCAAGAAUCAAAACAAAUAAGCGUUUCUUUUUUCGGAGGCCUGAAAAUUUUUUUUCUUCUUUUUGAAAUUCUUUGUUGGCUUACAAACCCUUGAGUUUUAUAGCCCUGCUUCCUUGUGCCGGAAGGAUUGUCUUUUGGGUUAUCUUCUUUUGCUUUCUUCGGUUAGUGUUGGCUUUUCGGUUUGCGAUUGUGUUUUCAUGGAGGCUAGGAGGAAACAAAAAGGUGAAAUCCAGUAUCACGAAUUGCAGAGGCAAAGAUCAUAUAACAAGAAACCGCCUCUUGCAUGUUGGCAGCCAACUGUGCCAGCUUGGGAGAAGAAGUUCUGCAGUUCAGUUGGGUUAGUCCCGUGGAAAAAGAUCUUAGAAACAAAGAGGUUUAUGCACCUGUAUGACAAUGUGGUUCAGUGGAAUGACUCUGCUGUCGAAGAGGCAUUCAACAAUGCUAAAAGCCGGUAUUGGGCAGCCAUCAACGGUCUUCCUUGUAAUAUAUCCUUGCCUGAUCCUGAUACCUAUAUUGAUGAAAUUGAUUGGGACUCGGAAGUUAAUCCUGAACUGAUCUUGGACUUGGAACGAGAACCAGAGGAUCUUGCAGAGGUAGAUAAAGGUGACAAUGGAGUGAUUCUGUGCAAUUCUCUUCUACUGAACCAGACAUUUUCCUGCACUGGUUGGGGAACUGGAUGGGAGGAUACUGAAGAGGAACCAAAGAAGAACUCGGAGAAUUGUGACUGGAAUAUGGGUAACCAUGAAAAUUCUUGGGAACAGGUGUAUGCACCGAACAAAGAGGCUCCGGUAGAUAAUGAUUGGGGUAAUUGUCCCCAGAAAUCUUCAUGGAACACAUGGGAGAACAAUGACCAUGAAUGGAAUAACAACUACCGAGAGUCUAGCAACAAGGAUUAUGGAAGGGGUGGAUAUCGGGGAACCUGGGAUGGAAACAGAAGGAGAAGAGAAGGUUAUGGAUCACAUACUUCAAAGCUGAAAACCUCGAGGUUUCGAGGCGAUGACAAUCAAAUGGACCGAGGAUUGAGAAAUGGAAGAUGGAGAAAGAGAGGGGUAGUUUGUGCUUGAGCAAUAAUCUGCAUGCAAAAGCCUUAUUCAAGGAUGUGCAACUCAAUGAAUUUUGUUGGACUGGUUAGCCGUCGAGUAGGAAAAAAACAAGUUUUGUUAGUGGCAUUACGUAUAUAGCCAUGUAGAUUGUGGGAAGCAUUUUUUCAUUUAUUCUUUUCUAUCAGUAUAGAUAAACACCGUAUAGAAUACGAAUUCUAGGUGUUCGACCUGUCAAGUUCAGCUGUGUUGAAUGUUUUUGUAUUUCUCGUUGUCCUUCGAGACCUGUCUCUCAAGAAUAUGGUUUUUAUAUGAUUGAAAGAAAGUGUUUGCUCAGCAUAGAAUA